AAAUUCAGCUGCGAAGUGAUUGAACCUCACUUUUUCCACUUAUCCGCUCACGUCGAUGAACUCCACUUAUACACUGAUAAGUUAAAGAAGGACUGUCCCCUUGCAAGAAACUUGAACCCUGUCGUCAAAAACAUGACGCUUGCCGCUGCUCACCAUGUCGUCAUGGCCAGCACCAAGUUCAACAGUUACGCCCCCUCGCCGGCCACAAUUAAGCAGGACUCAAAUGAGGCCAGCUUGGUCCAAAUGGCUGGAUUUAUUGGGCUUCAGACAGCCCAUGUUUUGAGCAAGUAUAUCGACACUGUCCGGUGGAACAACGCUUUCACGCAGUGUCAAUCGGCACGGUUGAGUAUUGGACUUGUCAACUCUUUCUGGUUGCGGAACGCGUUGAACUCUGUGCAAAGGACGGCGGAGAUGAAUGGGUACAAAUUGUCCAUUCCGGUGCAUGAAUAUCUUCCCCAUUACUACAAGUUGCCAUUGACUGAUUGUGUUUUGGGGAUUCAAACUACGAAGAAGACCGUGUUGAUGUUGCGAGUACUCAUCCCAGUAAUGAAGAGGGACACGAAAUAUACCCGAUUUCGGCUCACCAAAAUUCCCUACCUCGUGACUGAAGGAGAGGAGAAAAAAAUAUGCGAGAUUGACAGUUUCGACCCUAAGGAUGAUUUCCUCGUGGAGGAGACACUCGGCAUUCCCGGCGGAAAACCGGUCGUGACCAUGGCCCCAGAAUGUUUUGAAAGUGAGCUCUGUCAUAUCUCUGAACAGCCGAGGUCACUCGUUGUCGACCCGUGCCUCAAAGGGCUGAUGAACGGAUCGGUAGACCACAUCCGGGACUAUUGCUCUUUUGAAUGCUAUCCAAUCGAGAAUGAGGAACUGCUAUUGCCCAUCAUUAUCAAAGUGGCGAACAAUCAGUACUCAAUUACCGGAAGCCAUAAAACCAUACCGAUCAAUGUGUAUUGUGAUGACCACCUGCAGCGGGUUCUGGAUCCGAAUAAGACGAAUGGCGUGAUGCAGGUCAUUCUUCCCUGCAAUUGUGAGAUUCGUUUCAAGGCUGAAGUAUACCGAAGUUCACGUCCCUGUGAGCAACCUUUCGAGUACCACUACUUGAGCUCAGUCCCGUUCAAGGUCGAUUUUACCGGAAGUCAUCCAACUCCCGAGGCUAUCGCGGACAAGAUUGAUUCCCUGGAUUCAACAAGUAAUCCUGAAUCGAAAACGGAAAAAGAACAAGAAAAUGUCGACACUGCGGAUCAAACUAUUCCCGCAAGUUAUAUUUUGCCUCCUGAGGGCAGUGGCGUAUUCGAAGCUUCCUCUGGCAUACCAGCCGUACCACCUGCUUCCUUAUUGACGGGUGGAUCACACCCACCCCCACCGUCACACACAGGACAACUCGUCAUUAUUUGGCUCCUCCUGAUCCUCCUCUUAUUGAGCAACGGGCUUCUCAUUUAUGUCGCAUAUGUCAACCGACUCAUCGAUCUGGGUGGGAUACGAGCAACCCUGACAAGAUGGGGAAUAGGGGGCACAACCCCUCCCAGAAGUCGGUUAGAAGAGGAUCCCCCAAGUUAUCCUGGAACGAUAACUUCAGUACAUCACACUAACGGAGUUCAGUCUCCGAACGUGGUGCAGGAGAAUAAUCGAAAUAGUGCGGCUAGUUUACAAUCCGACAAUACGAUGUGGCCUGCAAGUUUGAAUCGGUUGUAGUGCAAGAUUUUUCCGGAUUUGUAGUUAUUUUUAUCUAGUAAACUAUUUAAUUAAUUGAUUCAUUAAAAUUCUGACUAAAUUUAGACAAUUUGUUGUCGGUAAUGUACAGGUUUUUGGACAAUAACUUUAAGCAUUUUUCAUUCUACACCUACUUCAACCUGUCCGUAUAUCCACUCCACAGUUCAGGUCAUUAUUAAAUAGAUUCUCCAUAAAUAUAUGGACACCUUCCUGAAUUCCAUGACUCUAUUUUACCUUUUAUUACUGUCGUACCAUCCACAUUGUUAACUUGCUCCCAACUUCCGCUCUAUUCAGGAGAUAAAAUAAUUUCUAUUCCUGUUUAUCUUUAACUGUAUUCUGACUAUCUCGCUCUAAUGUAGGAAAUACCGAAUGCAUGUCCUGUACGUAUGUACAUACGCUCAACUGUAAUACCGAGUCAUCAAGGAAUUAUAAAUAUAUG